CCGCGCGGCUUCCCCGAGGCCGGAGGCGGGGCGGGCAGGCCUCGGGAGGCGCGGGGGGCGGACCCGCCCGCUGCCGGCGCUGCUCGCCCGCCCGCCAGCUCGCACUCGGUCGCGCCGCGGGGCAGGCAUGGGAGUCGCACGCGCCCUCCCGGCGCCCACACCUGUUGGAGCGGCGCAGUGAGCGGCGGCCCCGGCGGACUGCUCGGAGCGGAGUGGUGCUCAGCAUGGCGGGGAUCCCAGGGCUUCUCUUCCUUCUCCUCCUCCUCCUCCUCUGUGCUGUCGGGCAGGUGAGCCCCUAUGGUGCCCACUGGAAACCCACCUGGCCCACUUACCGCCUCCCCGUGGUCUUGCCCCAGUCCACCCUCAACCUGGGCAAGCCAGACUUUGGGGCCGAAGCCAAAUUGGAAGUGUCCUCCUCGUGCGGACCCCAGUGUCAUAAGGGAAUGCCACUGCCCACUUACGAAGAGGCCAAGCAGUACCUGUCUUACGAAACACUUUAUGCCAAUGGCAGCCGCACGGAGACGCAGGUGGGCAUUUAUGUCCUCAGCAAGGGCGGGGGACAAGAGUCUUCGGGAAAGUCUCGGAGGAAGCGGCAGAUUUAUGGCUAUGACAGCAGAUUCAGCAUUUUUGGGAAGGACUUCUUGCUCAACUACCCCUUCUCAACAUCAGUGAAGUUAUCUACCGGCUGCACGGGCACCCUCGUGGCAGAGAAGCAUGUCCUCACGGCUGCCCAUUGCAUCCAUGAUGGGAAAACCUAUGUGAAGGGAACCCAGAAACUUCGAGUGGGCUUCCUGAAGCCCAGGUUUAAAGAUGGCGGUCGAGGAGCCAACAGCUCAAGCUCUGCCGUGCCGGAGAAGAUGAAGUUUCAGUGGAUCCGGGUGAAGCGCACCCACGUGCCCAAGGGUUGGAUCAAAGGCAAUGCCAACGACAUUGGUAUGGAUUAUGACUACGCCCUCCUAGAACUCAAAAAACCCCACAAGAGAAAGUUCAUGAAGAUUGGGGUGAGCCCUCCUGCCAAGCAGCUGCCAGGGGGCAGAAUCCACUUCUCCGGUUAUGACAAUGAUCGGCCAGGCAACUUGGUAUACCGCUUCUGUGACGUCAAAGAGGAGACCUAUGACCUGCUGUACCAGCAGUGUGAUGCCCAGCCUGGGGCCAGCGGCUCCGGGGUCUACGUCAGGAUGUGGAAGAGGCAGCCACGGAAGUGGGAGCGGAAAAUUAUUGGCAUUUUUUCAGGGCACCAGUGGGUUGACAUGAAUGGUUCUCCACAGGAUUUCAACGUGGCCGUUAGAAUCACCCCUCUCAAAUAUGCCCAGAUCUGCUAUUGGAUUAAAGGAAACUACCUGGACUGUAGGGAGGGGUGACACACUCUUCCUUCCUCGCGGCACCUGGUGGUCUUCAUGUACUUAUUUUAGGAGAGGCCAAAUGUUGUCAUUGGGGUGGGUGUGUGUGUGAGAUGAUAAAUCUUUUACCUAAUUUUUUAAAACUGCAAGAUGCCUGGCUUUAUUAUUUGAAAACUGGUUUGUGUAUCAUAUAUCAUUUAAGGACUUUAAAGGCAUACUUUUGCAUAGGAGUCAAAAAAAACACCAUACUGAUGUUUGGGAUGAUAGGGAAUAUUUAGCAAGUAAGUUAAUAUUUCACUUUUUGAGAACUUUGAUUUUUAUUUCAUCUGAACUUGUUUCAAAGGUUUAUAUUAAAUAUGUGGCAUAUGGGAGAUAUAAAUUCUUAUGUGUGUAUAUAUGUGUAUUUUCUCCUGAGAUUCAUCUUGGGGUUUUUGUUGUUGUUUUUAAUGCCUAAUCAUUAACAUUUGCAGUGGCAGUGUUCCCUACCGCAUAAAACUCUUAGGAACCUUCACGAUACUUCUUAGACAGGCAGGUAUAAUAUUUUGGAUUUGGAGGUGUUUGCACAGUAGUCCUUGAUGAGUAAAAGAAUUUGUUGACUAUAUUGGUACACAUGUUAAACUAUAUCUUACAGUAAGUCAGUAUCCCAAGCUGCUUGCAGUUUUGAAAUAGUUUCUCUCCCGAAGACUGUUACUCUACUUUUGGGGAAGACCCAACCUAUGGCCCUGUCAGCUUAGUGACACACCAGAGUGGGCAAGACCCUUUAUGCCCAUCCUUCCACUUAACAGGAUUUUACUCACGUUUCUUGAACUCACUCUUUUCCAGAAAACAAUAAUCAGGGCCUAAUUAGAACAGGCUGUAUCCCUUCCCAGUGAACAGUUGUGGUCCCACUAAAAACAAUCAUUUCAUUUUACCCCGGAGGAUAGCACAUCUCAUGUUUUAUCAUUUGGAUGGAGUAAUUUCAAAUGAAUUAAAUUCCAGAGAACAAUGGACGCAUUGCUUGGCAGAUGUUACAACAGAAUAAGCACUUGUUUGGAGCCUGGCACGAUCCUACAACCUAAUCAAAAUUAUUCUGCAGAGUUUUCAGUGUGCUUUCAGGGAGCAAUGGACUUGUGCAAUUUGGAAACCUCUCUACUUUACUUAUUUUAUAGUAAAACUAUUUGGAUGGUGCUUUAAGAAAAACCAAGAGGACACCUCCCCCAGCUUUAAAAGGGCCUCUUUUACUGGGGAUACUUGAGGCUACAGGCACAUAUAAUCAAGUACAGUAGUAAAAAUGGAAAUCGGGAGAAUGCAAAGUGGAUCAGAAUUCCCACUCCAGGAAAGGUUUCUGUGAAUGUUUUAUCUAUAUGAUAAUCACAGUUUGUAAAAAAAAGAAUGUGACUUAUUUUAUGUCUUCAUUUUAUGCCUCUUAGCCUGAACGCGUCUUCCUAAAUGUAUCGGUGUGGGGAGAAAAAAAGAGCAAAAGGAUUAUAGGACCGAUGUUUGCUGGGCUUGUACCUUAGGGAAUAUCAGCCUGAAUUGUAACUCUCUGCGAGGACAUUCAGAUAUGGCACUGAAGCUUAAAUUUUCUCCGGGUGGCUUUUUGCUUGUGUUUCUUGAGCUUUUCAGAAGAAUAAUCCUGAUAAGACACUCAAGAAAUGUACAGCCACAGUGCUUUCUUCAGAUCACGUAAGAAAUACUAUGCAUAGCAAAGAGAUGUAAGGCCACCAGGAUUCUUCUGAGUUCCAGUACAAUUUGCUUUGAAAUCUAGCAGGAAUCUAGCGUGAGAAAGAAGAGUGGUCUGCAUCCCCGUGUUUGGUAUUUGGGGGCUUUUGUUUUUGCUCUUGCUUGAUAGGAAAAGAAGUUCACUGAACACCUAGACAGGACUGAUUAAAAAAAAAAUGCUCCUUUUGCGAAGCACCUGAUUUCCUGAUUUUGAUUUUUUGCAGAGUUGAAAUUUCCCUCUGCAAAGGUAGGCAAUGACACAAAGUCAAAAUAAUAUCAAUAUUUAGUUCACAAGUAGGUGUCAUUUGCUCAAGAAUCAUACCCACAUGCUGUGUACGACAGACCUCAUAGACGGUAAAAUAACAUGUCCAUCUCUUCAGUGGUGGUAAAAGGAAGCAUGGUAUUAAAUUGUCGUGGAAUUUGAAAUAAAGAAUGGACUCAUGAUAUUAAUAUAAUUAGUGUUUUACAUGUAUUAGUUAUACAUCAUAAGGAUGUAUUUCUAGUAAGGCUAGUAGAACAACAUUCCUAAAGUGUGUGCCAUAAACACUCAUCCCUCCAGAUUUUCUACGAAGAACAAAAAGGGCACCAUCAUCGAGGAGGAGGGAGAUGCCUCCCUGUACUCCCUUUCCUUAUCAGGGAUUCAUUUGCCCGUUUGCACUUUGAAAGCUCUAAGAAGUCCUGUAGUAAAGAGACAUGGUAAUGUUUUAAAAUCUGCACUUCAAUAAAGAUCUUUGAUCAC